AUGGCAACCAACCUAACAUUUACUGCAUCCAAUGUCAGACUUCAGUACUAUAUACCAAAUGCAUCAGACUAUCCAGUGUUUCUGGCAAAACAAUGCAAUCCUGGUGUUUCUGAGGAUUCUUCUCUGAUCUUGAAAUUGCUUAAAAGAAUACACAGGUCAGACAAGAGUUUGCCAGAAGACUUGUUUGACCAGUUAGAAGAUGAGCCACUUGACUUGCUUGAUCAGCACAAAACACGAUCAGCCCUGCGAUCAUCUGCGCACCUUAAAAGAAAGCAAGAAUCAGAUGAUGAGCCAGAGAUCGACCCUAAAGGGUGGCUGAUAGUUUGUGGAGGGAAAACAAAGAAGGAAAAGGCCACUGACCCUGAUUCAGAUGUGAGGCGUGAAGCAGGCAGUUUCAACUCUGUGAACUCCAGGAAAACUCAGAAGCGCAGGAAAACUUCAGAUUCUGGGUGGGCUUACACUGGAAAUGAAUAUGUUAGCAAGAAAGCUGGUGCGGAUAUGAGAAGGAAGGACAAGCUUGAGCCAUAUGCAUAUUGGCCAUUAGAUCGCAAGAUGAUGAGCCAGAGACCAGAGCAUCGAGCAGCUGCGAGGAAAGGGAUGGCCAGGGCUGUAAAAAUGGCCAAGAAGCUUGAGGGCAAGAGUGCUUCAACUGCGCUGUCCAUGAAGCUCAUCAAUUUUAAUAGUCAGAAGAAAGGCAGCAAAAGAAAGAGCAGUUAUCAGCACUCGCAUUUCCUCCUGUUCUGGAGAAAGGCAAAUUCUUAA